AUGAAAGAUUAUUUGAUUGUAUUUCAGGGUGAGACUCCUUAUGAUCUGGUAACAAUAUCAACGUAUUGUUCUGAAGAGAAGAAGAAAGAAGUGAUAGACUUCCUUAAGACUGCCAUGUCAAAGACAUCCCCAGAAGUAACUCCUGACACCCAUUUACAGGAACCUGCAGCACCAGUAGUUGAAGACAGCAAAAUACCAGAACAAAUAAAAAAGAUGGAUCAUGAGUCGAUUGCCAUUUAUCUGAACGCCCUUGAAUCAGGUUCAGAAAGAAGACGGGAUAUAAAUUUAAUAAUUGUUGGAAAAAAAUCUGUUGGAAAGACUUCCUUAGUACGAAGACUGUUCGGGGAGGAGUUACAAAGCGUAAAAAGCACAAAUGGUAUAGAAAUUCAUCGGCGGAGAUGUCGAAUAAAUCUAAGUAACUGGGAAUGGAAUAAAGUGUUAGAUACAGGAUUAGUGAAAGAAACAAGUAUCAACAAUAGAAUGUUGCAGUCAAUUGUCAAAGAGUUGCAUCAAGAUAAAGAAAAACCCAAGCAUGACAUAUUGGAGAUAUCUUCAUCAGAUCAGAUAUCAACAGAUGAUAAUAAGGGCAAAAUCACAAAAAAUAUUGAACAUGACGAAGAACCUCAACCCAAAAUGAACUAUCAGUUUGCUUAUCCGGAGAUUACAGAAUCGCCGUUUUCUAAACUGGCAAAGGAUGAGCUGUUAAGUAUGAUCCGAUCUGCUGUCGACUUACAAGACGAAGACGGCUAUGCAAAUUUAACAGUGUGGGAUUUUGCUGGUGACAUUGAGUAUUACAACACACAUCAAACGUUUUUGAAUUCAGAAGCAAUUUUUCUUGUCGUAGCAAAUUUACAUGACAUAGAUGACACAUUAUCCUACGGCACAUUCAAUUUCUGGAUGGAUACAAUACAUUGUUAUGGAAGCAUAAACGACAAAACUGAAGCUGUAUUGCUCGAAGGAGCUCACAACCUUCUAGAUCCACCAGUUAUUGCAAUUGGUACACACAAGGACAAAUUUCAGGACGAAGAACAAUGCAGAAAACGUCUCGAAUCCUACACUGGUAAAAUAUUUAAAGAUUCCAAGCUUCACCUGAGAUCAAUUCACCUGAUAUCCAACACAGAGGAUGAAGAAGAUGCUUUUGGAAAAUUGAGGAAUGAUAUAUUUGCCACAGCAAAGAGUAGUGCAAAUUGGAAUCGAGAAUACCCUGUUAAAUUUAUUCAGAUGGAAAAAGCCAUCAACUCUGAACUUACGAUCGGAAAACAAAUAAUUUCUUUUGAAAGAGUAAAAGAACUAGGUGAGAAAAUACCACUUCCGAUAACUGAUGACAAGGAGCUUCAUCUCUUUCUCAGGUAUCAACAUGAAAUAGGUAACGUGAUAUUUUUUGAAGACAUUCCGUCAUACAUCAUACUUGAUCCCCAAUGGUUAGCAAAUGCCUUUACAUGCAUUGUUACAGCCCAGCAGUUUCAACUGGAAUUACCACACUUACAAUGGAACAACUUCAAACAAACAGGAAAGAUGGAUCCUAAGCUAUUGGAAGAAAUAUUCAAGAAACAAUCAGCAGACAUGAGAAUUCAUAAAGAGCAUAUACUGGAAGUAAUCGAAAAGUUUGACAUUAUCAUCUAUCCAUUGCUACUGACGGAAAGUGGAAAUGUACAAAGGGAGCAUAGUUUUUUUUACGUUCCAUGCAUGCUUCAAACAUUAAAAAUUAAGGAUAUUGAUGUAUUGUUUAACGUUCCAAAUGCUAGCAAAUCUACAUGUUUGUGUUUUGUCUUUAGUUUUUUACCGCCGUAUCUAAUCAGCAAUCUGAUUGUCUCUUGUCUACGAGAAUAUCCUCUAGCAGUGGUAAAGGGCGAGAUAGGCCUCUUCAAGGAUUGUUGUGUAUUCAAUAUUGACAGAACUGGCUGUGCAAAAUUUGUAUUAGCAAAGAGUAGUCAUAUGAUUCAGCUGCAAGUAUGGCAAUGGGAUGAAGUAGAUACACAGGUUAACCAAGCUGUUUUAAAAAUUGUCGAAAGAGAAAUCAACAGAAUUAUCAACACGCGAUACAAGUUGAAAACGGUUUCUUUCGAGAAAAAAUGGAAGUGUGAGACCACCAGUUUCUCCUUUGACACAGGAUACCAUGAAUUUGAUCAAGUACAUGAUGGGAAAAAAUAUUAUUGCGAAGAACAUGCGACAACUCAUAAAUAUAGAGACUAUUGGUCUGGUGAGAAAUCAAAGGCUUCCCGGAGAAUAAGUAGUGAUCAACAGAAUUACGUCAGAAUGUCAAUGAUAGUUCUAGAGGUAUUAUCAGGCGUUUUAUACGAUCGCUUAUACAUAGAUACAAAGACUGGAGAAAUACUUGAUCGUGAUAAGUUGGACAUAACAGAAAUGUGUAAGAAAUAUUGUGCUUUAAAAAUAAACUUUCCAAGUAAAGGCUAUAGGAAAAUAGAAAAGGUUGACGAGAUUUCUACCAUUGAAGAUACUAUUGGUGACGACAUUCAACGGAUACGUGUGAUCAGAAAUGAAAUGCAGCAUUCUUCUGUCUUUGCAUUAGAUGACACACGAUACCAAACACUAAUCACAAUAGUUCAUGAUAUGCUAGAAAGAUUUGACCAGCGUAACAAUCCAGCAGGUGAAUCCUAUGUAAAUCGAUUAGACGAAAUCAGGAAAAUGGAAUUAGAGACAAGGAGUUUUGAAGAGAUAAAAGAACGAAUGAAAGCAGGAUUGAAAGAAAAGAUUCAUGCAGUUGUCGAUAGUGUGGUAUCUGAUGCUUUGAACGAUAUUUGUUAACUCAUUUUUGUAUUCACCAUUUGCGGUCAAUGGGAUAAAUAUUGAAUAUGUGAAAAAUUGGCAUAAUGGAAAAAUGUAAUGAACUACUCAAACUAUAAUUUACUAAUUAAAUUGACAAAAAAGUCAAUGAUAAAUAAUAAAUAUAAACCCAAAGAUGUGGUUUGAAAACUCUCCAUUUGAGUCCCAAUGUAAUAAAAGUAAACUAUAGGUCAAAGUACGAAGCCUCGGCGCACACCAAUCAGCAAACUAUAAAUUAUAGUGUAAAACCAUUCAUACAGGACGACCGAGGUCUUAUAACAGAGAAACACAUAUGAACCAAACCAACAAACCACAUCCAUCGAACAAUAAGUUACUGACUUAGGACAAGCGCAUAUAACUGCAGAAUGUGUUUGAUAUAUUAACUAGUAUUUCAAGAUAAGUUAAAACAUAGUUGUUAAUCAUAAAGUUAAAUCAUCAAUAUGUUUUAUCAUUAAAAGAAAGCUUCGUGUCGAAAGUUGUGAAAUCAAGGAUCUUUGACAUAAAAUUGCUAUAGGAGGCAUUUUGAUUUUUUUUGUAUAAUUAGAUUCUUAAUUUUAAGCUAGAGAUGUCCAUCAGAAACCAAAGAUUACGUCAAUGCUUCAUUUAGGUCAUUAUAACAACGUCUAAAUUCAACUAUGUGAAGAUAGUCGAAGAUAAAUACGUUACACAAUGUGUUAUUGACCAGACACUAUAUAAACGGAGUCGUUUGUGGCAUUAACCGAUUCCGAUUUUAUCGCUUAAGGUCACAAGCACACUGUAUCUUAUUAUAUUCUCAGUAAAUGCAAUUUGUGUAUUGAUUCUGUAUACCUAUUAUUGUUGAUUCUGUAUACCUAUUAUUAAUGAUUCUGUCUACCUAUUGUUAUUGAUUCUGUAUACAGGUACCUAUUGUUAUUGAUUCUGUAUACCUAUUAUUAUUGAUUCUGUAUACCUAUUAUUAUUGAUUCUGUAUACCUAUUAUUAUUGAUUCUGUAUAUACCUAUUAUUAUUGAUUCUGUAUAUACCUAUUAUCAUUACUUUUACUUUUAUCUGUUUAGCUUUUUCUGUUUUGUAAUUGUUUCAUCAUUAGUAUUAUUGAUAUGAGUAUACCACAUCAAUUAUGUUAUAAAUGUAGUGCAGAUAGUAUCAAACAUCAAUUGUAUCAUCAAAUAACAUCUUUUCUCGUUUAGUUUGACCGUUAUUGAAUUAAAUGUUUAAUGUUAAGUAAAACAGUUUCUCAAAAGUCAAUAAAUACACCAUGUUCACUUGAGUGUAUUGAUAACAAAUUUGAUUUCCUACACUUUUACAGAUGAAUAAGAAAAUAAGAGUAAAAAAGUUUCAAUAAAAAUAACAAAGCCCAAUGUAUAGCCAGUCAUUAGAAAAUAAAGUAAAUGUUAUUUGUAUAACAACACAGAAUUGUAAUUAUAUAUUUAGAAAACUACUGGGGUAUAUACGACAUUUGUAUCCCUAAUUGGAACCUCAAAAAACGUUAUCAUUACAACGGUUAACGUAGACAAAAUCUGUACGGAACGCUAAGGAAUGUCAGAGCCUCACAGAGGCAAACUAAUGACUUGCUUCAGUCAAUAGUACAUUUUAAAUACAAAAUCACUUAAUUUACACCUUUAAUACUUAAAUUUAAUGUUAAACAUUGUUAAAAGUGUUAUUAUAAAUGAUAACAUACUCGAUAAAAAAAAAUUCACAGCAGAUUUGAAAAUCCUUCACGUAUGCCAAACAUAUAAGGUUGGGUUUUUCAAUAUAUGUGUUAUAAAAAAACAAAGCCACACACACAUACAAAUGUACAAACAGAAAAUAUGAUAUCUAAAAACUUUAUUGAAACUAUUUUUUAAUGGGAAAAAAUUUAUCAAGAUAUGAAAGGUGCAUUUAAAUGGAUUACUCAAAAUGUUAAAGAAACAAUAAACAUGUAAUGCAUGUACAUGUUGCAUUGUGAAUGUUCAACAAAUACCUACACUGGAAAAUAACAGUUCAGGGGUAAACCGUAAUAUUUGUGUAAUUCAGGUCUCAGACAGGGUAUAUACUGUGACAUUUCCAGCCUUGGGCUUAUAUCCCCUUCGCCUUCGUCUCAGGGGAUUUAAACUCUAAGCCGGGAAUGUUACAGUAUAUUCCCUGUUUGAGACCUGAAUAACAUAUACUAUUCAGGAAUUUUAAGGAAAAUGUUUCAGACCUUCGUCAAUGAUUAUUACAUUUUCUGUUAUAUUUCCGAUGAAAUCUUUCUUAUAAUUUCCAGGGACAACAAAAUGAAAAAAAAUCUGGUCGUGAAGUACAUGUAAUAAUGGACUGUCCCAAAAAGACAUGUCAACUAUUUAUCAUAGUAAGAGGUACAAAUAAAUAAAAUGUAUACUUAUUGACUGGGUAUGAGUAGAUAGUAAGUUUAUUGUCACAAGAGCAACUAUUGUCCUGAGGCGUAGCCGAGGGCAAUAGUUGUAUUCGAGGGACAAUAAACUUACUAUUCCACGAAUAUCCAGUCAGUAAGGGUUUUAUUAUAUCGAAAAAGACAACAGACAAUAAAUGGCAGUGAUAAAUCGACUAUCGUAAUAUAAAAAAAGCAGAAACCCAACCAUAACGUUAACUUCAUAAAUGUGUUCAAAUGCUAAGGCUAAGUCUUGCACUGACGUUAACCCUAGAUACAAUAGGUAAAACAUGACGCCGUUACUCCCGCGGUAUUUUCAAAAUCCUCCAAUUAUGUACCUGCAUUGAAAAUUCCGCGAAAUAAAAUGACACCUGUGGUCAAAUAGUUUCAUACAGGUCCAAUAGUUGGAAACGAUUGACCGGCCCAAUAGUUCAACGAUUACAAUUUGAAAAAAAAGCAUUGUGUACUUAUUUUACAUAGAAAAUGAUAACUUGGGCAUAAUAAAUUAAUGUUCAAACUGUAUAUUUUCGGUCAAUAAUUUAUUAUGAUUUGCUUUGUCCUAUGUCCCUAAGAGAUUUUUUUACUAGACUCAAUAUGAGAUUAAAGUAAGCAGCAAUAUAUAACCUUACGAUCUACUACUAUGAGCAAAACGCAUACUCUUUAGUGUCAAUAAAUGACUUUAAAUAUCUCUGACAUACCUCCCUUUGAAAGUGUCGAAUCACUGUGAUUACGCUGGUUUGUGAGUUGUAUCACAGUCCUUUUUAACUCUUCUACAAUAAACUAAAGUAUUCUAGUACACAAGAAACAAUUAAAUAAUUAUGCUACUUUUUAAAAAGUGAUUGGGGUUCUCAAAAUAACAGCGUAUGUCAUCUGAUAAAGAAUUAAACAUAAAAGUAAUGACGUCAUUUAACAAAAAGGUGACGAUAAUAUUCAUUGGACGAACGGACCAACAGAAGGAACGACAAGGUUAUUGAAAUAUAACGCUCAAGUAUUAUUUUCAUCAUGAUAUUUACAUAUUUUUAAUUUGUGAAGAUGAUGUAAAGUUCACGUGAGAUUUAUGUGAAUACUAUUUUUUUAGCUCACCUGGCCUUCAAGGCCAAGUGAGCUUUUCUCAUCACUUGGCGUCCGUGGUUCGUCGUCGUCGUUAACUUUUACAAAAAUUUUCUCCUCUAAAACUACUGGGUCAAAUUUAACCAAACUUGGCCAACAUUAUCAUUGGGGUAUCUAGUUUAAAAAUUGUGUCCGGUGUCCUGGUCAACCAACCAAGAUGGCCGCCAUGGCUAAAAAUAGAACAUAGGGUAAUAUGCAGUUUUUGGC